GGCGGGUAUUUGACUGCUGCGUCUUGAUCAGCCUGAACUGCCGGGAUCGGAUUCGUGAGCCGUUGUUAACAACGUAUCCCAAUCUCUUAGACCCUGGCGUUUGCUAUUUGCUUUUCUUCCUUUCUUUGUUCGUACGCCUCCGUGCUCGAUUCUUGGCUGAUCUCGCCCACGUCGACUUUCUUGUGCUGCAGCGUCGAACCUCCCCUAUCAGUCCGUCGCCUAUACAAUAAUUUCACGUAAAGUUGUCUGCAGCCGACGCUGACUAGGCCUCGGCCUUUGUCGCAACCAUGUCUACGACCACUGGAGCGUUCAUCGCCGGAGGUAUUGCCGCCUGCGGAGCGGUUACAGUCACCCACAGUUUCGAGACCGUGAAGAUCCGGUUACAAUUACAAGGAGAACUACAGUCUAGCGCCGUUAAGAAGUACAAGGGUGUUCUCCAUGGCAUCAAGGUCAUUUUGCAGAAUGAGGGUCCUAAAGGCCUGUUCCGCGGUAUUGGCUCUGCUUACAUUUACCAAAUUCUCCUGAAUGGCUGCCGUCUCGGAUUCUACGAACCCACCCGCACCGGUCUCACAAAAGCCCUAUACGGCGAUCCUAACAUUCAGUCACUCGGAAUCAACGUCUUUAGUGGUGCAAGCUCCGGCAUUUUAGGUGCUGCAGCCGGGUCCCCGUUCUUCUUAGUGAAAACUCGAUUGCAGUCAUACUCUCCGUUCCUUCCAGUUGGAACCCAACAUCAAUAUAAGAACGCAUACGAUGGGUUGCGACAAAUUCAUCGGAACGAGGGCAUCAAAGGCCUUUACCGCGGCGUGGGCGCAGCAAUGGUGCGGACUGGCUUUGGAAGCUCCGUUCAGCUUCCCACGUACUUCUUGGCUAAGAGGCGCCUGAAAAAACACUUGGGUAUGGAAGAAGGUCCGGCUUUGCAUCUGGCCAGCAGUACAGCAUCUGGUUUCGUUGUGUGCUGUGUCAUGCACCCGCCUGACACGAUCAUGUCCCGCAUGUACAACCAAACCGGUAAUCUUUAUAAGGGUGUUUGGGACUGCCUGUACAAAACUAUUUCCACAGAGGGCCUUCUCGCUAUUUAUAAAGGGUAUUUUGCUCAUCUUGCUCGUAUCUUACCUCAUACGAUCUUGACUCUCAGUCUUGCGGAACAAACUAACAAACUUGUUCGCCGGCUCGAGGACCGCGUCUUGCCGGACUCACUACGAGCAAAACUAUGAUGCAUGAAACAAAAAGCGAGGCCCCACUGCUCUGAUACCAAGAGUAAAUAUCCCAUUUCUUGCGAGUUUUUUUUGUCCUAUUACAUGACGGUCCAGUGGGAAU